AGGGACAAUCGUCGAGUACUAGUGUAAUAAAUCACUCGAAUCCUGGCCUCUUCUAGAAUAUUCCAGAAUCUUGGUACGGUUUUGUAAAGCGUAUAAUUGGAUGGACUUGACGCCGGAAUGACGUCAUCGCUUCUUGCGAAGCAAGUCACGUAUGGCGAUAAGAUCCGCGGCGGCGCGCAUCGCUCGCUAGUGGAGGCGGACGCGAUGGAGGGAACGGCUCGUAGAACCCCCCGUUACUUCGGCGACGGCAAGGGUCGGGUCCUCAGCGAGGAGGGGAGAGCCGCCGAGAACGUCUACAUCCAGAAAAUGGAGAGGGAGCGGGUGGAGACGCUGAGGCGGAAGGCAGAGAAGGAGAAGGAGAGACUGGAAGCCGGGAAGGCCGAGUCCGAGAAAACUACCGAGGAACCCCGUAAAAAAGGCUGAUGCGGCUCGGAAACACUUGGCUUUGUGUAGACAGAGUGGUGGACUUCAAAUGUCUUGUGUCUGUUCAUAAAUAAGAGACAACGGUAUGUUGAUUUCUUUUUUGUGUUAAUAUGCAUGUGGUUUGUGAACUGUAAAAUGACAUGUUGUAAAUGCGAUGUUCAUCAUCAUCAGAUCUCUUCCGGUGGUUUGCUUCUUUA